AUGGCAUCGAAGUUCGGGUUAGCCGGAGGGAUACCGGAACGGCGAGUGAGACCAAUUUGGGACGCUAUCGAUUCUCGUCAGUUCAAGAAUGCUCUUAAACACUCUACUACACUUCUCGCUAAACACCCUAAUUCACCUUACGCACUCGCGCUAAAGGCACUCAUUUUGGAAAGGAUGGGUAAAUCUGAUGAGGCAUUAUCAGUUUGCUUAAAUGCUAAGGAGCUUUUAUACAAGAAUGAUUCCUUGCUGAUGGAUGACCUCACUCUCAGUACAUUGCAGAUUGUUUUUCAGCGGCUUGAUCAUUUGGAUUUGGCUACUGGAUGUUAUGAGUAUGCUUGCAGUAAAUUUCCAAGCAAUUUGGAACUAAUGAUGGGACUUUUCAAUUGUUAUGUUCGUGAGUAUUCGUUUGUGAAGCAGCAGCAGAUUUGUGGGACAACUAGGCUAAUAUUUUCUAACUAUGGUGUUAUCUUCUGGCAGACGGCCAUCAAAAUGUACAAGCUUGUUGGUGAAGAAAGGUUUUUGCUUUGGGCAGUCUGUAGCAUCCAAUUACAGGUAUUUUGUGGCAAUGGAGGAGAGAAACUGUCAAUGCUAGCUGAAGGGUUACUUAAGAAGCAUGUAGCUUCCCACAGUUUGCAUGAGCCUGAAGCUCUUAUUGUCUAUGUUUCCAUAUUAGAACAGCAAGCAAAGUAUAGUGAUGCUUUGGAAAUUCUCUCUGGGAAGUUGGGAUCUCUAUUAAUGAUUGAAGUUGAUAAGCUACGCAUACAGGGGAGGCUUCUUGCUCGGUUAGGUGACUAUGCUUCUGGUGCCGACAUAUAUCGGAAGAUCUUAGAACUAUGCCCUGAUGAUUGGGAGUGUUUCCUACAUUAUCUAGGCUGUUUGCUGGAGGAUGACAGCAGCUGGAGCAAUGGAGCCAACAACGAUCCAAUUAAUCCCCCAAAAUUAGUGGAUUGCAAAGUCUCGCAAUUGGCAGAUGAAGUGUUUGAUUCUCGUAUAUCAGUUGCAUCAGCCUUUGUGAAAAAAUUACUAGCAGACACCAGUAAUGAUUGUAUUAGAUGUCUGUACUUGGCGACUCUUGAAAUUGAGAGGAGGAAGAGCUUACAUGGAAAGGACAAUGCUGAUGAUAUUGUGGAGGCUCUAAUGCAAUUUUUUCUUAAGUUUGGUCCGUUAGCAAGCUUCGCUUCUGAUGUUGAGGCAUUUAUGCAAGUCUUAACUCCAGAUAAAAAGACAGAAUUUCUGGCAAAGUUAAUGAAAACUUUAGACUCCCCUGCUACAGUGCCAACUAAAAUGCUUGGACAGUCAAUCACAGUAUUCAAAAUUCAGGAAUUGACUGGGAACAUGUACAAGCUUCCUGUGCCUGAACUUGAGAGCUGUUGUGUACAAAUGGUGGAGAUGUAUUGUAAAAGCCUUCCACUUUCAAAGGAUUUGGAUUCACAAGAGAGCAUGCAUGGUGAAGAGCUGCUAUCUAUGGUGUGCAAUGUAUUGGUUCAGCUAUUCUGGCGUACAAGAAAUCUUGGCUACUUCCUAGAGGCGAUUAUGGUUUUGGAGUUUGGCUUGACUAUUCGAAGAUAUAUAUGGCAGUACAAGAUCUUGUUGUUGCACUUGUAUUCACACUUGGGUGCAAUUUCAUUAGCUUAUGAAUGGUAUAAAUCUUUGGACGUGAAGAACAUUCUGAUGGAAACUGUUUCGCACCACAUCUUGCCACAGAUGUCGGUAUCUCCUCUUUGGGGGGAUUUGAAUAAUCUGCUAAAAGAUUACCUCAGGUUUAUGGAUGACCACUUCAGGGAAUCUGCAGAUCUGACAUUUCUUGCUUAUCGCCAUAGAAAUUACUCUAAAGUAAUAGAGUUUGUUCAAUUUAAAGAGCAAUUGCAACGAUCUAGUCAGUAUUUAGUCGCACGGGUUGAAACACCCAUUCUACAGCUAAAACAAAAGGCAGAUAACAUUGAAGAAGAAGAGCGUGUUCUUGAAAGCUUGAAUGGUGGAAUUCACUUCGUUGAGCUAUCCAAUGAGAUUGGAUCGAAAACCUUGACAUUCAAUGAAGAUUUCCAAUCACGGCCUUGGUGGACACCAACUUCAGAAAAAAAUUAUCUUUUAGGUCCAUUUGAAGGAGUGUCAUAUUGUCCUAAAGAAAACUUGACAAAAGAAAGGGAAGGAAAUGUGCGGAGAGUUAUUGAACGGAAAUCCCUUCUCCCUCGGAUUAUCUAUCUGUCUAUUCACAGUGCUUCAGCAUCACUUAAGGAGAAUGUUGAAGAAAAUGGGUCUAUAUCUAUGUCUAAAAUCUCCUCAGAGUUUAAGUUUUUGCUUGAGCAGCAUGCAAAGAUGUUAGGCUUUUCUUUAAGUGAUGCAGUCGAAGUGGUUAUGGGGGUUUCCAGUGGCGUCAAAUCUUUUGAGGCUUUUGGUUCGGACAAGAUUGACUGGAUAAACUUUGCUGUCUUUUUGAAUGCUUGGAAUUUGAAUUCCCAUGAGCCCUUGCAGCCAAAUGGAGAUCAGUUCGGGGGUGGUAUUUGGCAUGUAGUGGAUACUUUGCUGGUGAAGUAUAUUUCAGAGAAGAUCAAAUCCAGGGAGUCUCUUUUUUGCUCUCCAAGGGUUGAUCUUCCAAUUUUAGUGCAAUUGGUUACGGAGCCAUUGGCUUGGCAUGGUCUUGUGAUUCAAUCUUGCGUACGAUCAUCUCUUCCAUCUGGAAAGAAAAAGAAGAAAGGUGGACCUAUGGACCAGCAUACAUCUCUGGUGUUUAAUGACAUUCGGGAUUCAAUCCAAUCUCUAUAUUAUAUAGUUGAGGAGGUUGCAAAAUGGAUCAGAGGUCAGAUUGACAGACCGGAGGAUGAGAGUUUGGAGAUUAUACUUUCCUCUCUUAGGAAAAAGGAACAGGAUGAAGGUCCUGGGCGUGUUUUCCAUAUUCUAGAAAGUUUAAUUCCAUCCAUAAAUGAGGCUGAAGUUGGUGAUCGGAUUUCCAAAGAAUUGAAGAGUUGGAGUCCCCUUGAUGUUGCGAGGAAGAUAGUGACUGGGGACUCUUCUUUAUUGUCCCAGUUUCUUAAGAUCUGCGAGUCAAAAAUCAAGUUAUUUCAGGCAUUGAAGCAGCAGGCAGCUCAAAUAUAA